CCUUUUCUUGUUCUCAUCAAACUGUCUCUCUCUCUCUCUCCCCCAUACACACAGACACGCACUCAAAUCUUCCCCAAGAGGUCACUUUAAUUCAUCAGUGGUGUAAUCACUUAAUCUGGGCCAAGUUCAUGGGAAGUAGAUUCAUCAACAACCAGUUUGUAAGCGAGGUAGAAGAUGUCGAAAAUUCGCCUGAAAACAGUGGAGAUUCGCCCACCUCCACCAUGUGUAACGAUACCAAGAUGACUUUCACUUCGUCUCCAAAGAGAAGUAGGCGAGCCAUUCGAAAAAGAGUGGUGUCGGUGGCAAUCAAAGAUGUUGAAGGAUCAAGGCUUAAGGGCGAUCAUAUGAGUAAUCCACCUUCUGAUUCUUGGGCAUGGAGAAAAUACGGCCAAAAGCCCAUCAAAGGUUCACCCUAUCCUAGAGGAUAUUACAGGUGUAGUAGCUCAAAAGGUUGUCCCGCAAGAAAACAAUUGGAAAGGAGUAGACAGGACCCUAAUAUGUUGGUGGUAACAUAUUCUUAUGAACACAACCACCAGUGUCCGGCUUCUAGGAAUCAUCACAUCCACCGCCGUAACGCCGCCGCCGCCGCCGCCAUGACAACGACACAUACUACACCUUCGAUUUCUGAAGAAGAAGAAGAUCAAGAUCAAGAUCAAGAGCAGAAAGAGCCCAUAAUUGCUUCCAGUGAAGCUGAAAUCAAUUCUGAAGAUAAAUUUUCCAAUCUUGAUGAAGGGUCCUUAAUUAACGGCAGUGAGUUUGGAUGGUUCCCAGAUUUUUACCCUACUUCUUGCACCAUGCUAGAGAACCCGAUUUUAACUGAAGACAGAGAUAAUACUGAUUCCGAUAUGUCUAUGAUCUUCACAAUGCGAGAAGAAGAUGAAUCACUUUUUGCUGAUCUUGAUGAAUUGCCGGAGUGUUCAACCGUGUUCCGCCGUGAGAUGGUGCAGAGAGAGGUGGCGCACAGGCGGCGCAGCCUUGCAACCACCGGGUGAGAUCAGCCAAUACGUCAUAUUUGUCUUUUCUUAGCAAAAUAUUUUAAUUUCAACGAGAUAGGCGUAUCGUGCGGCGUGAGAUAACCCAGAAAGAAAAAGUAUUUUUUAUGUUAUUUUUCUUAAAAUAUCUUAGCGUAGUGGUUAGGGAAUAAAAUGUUAAUUUAUUUGCAUUAUGUCAUAAUCUCAUUGUAAUUAGCACCAAAGCCGUCGGUUAGAGGUAACUUUUCGAAAUAUUACAUUUGAAAUA